AUGGCGACGACAGAGGCGCAACCCACGAAAACGGCUGAAGAGGCGGCCGCAGCUCAGGCGCGCUCUGAUGCUCGCGCCGCACGUAUCGCCGCCGCCGUCGAGAGGAGCAAGACAGAGUAUCAGCCCCAGCACGCGUACACGGAGCGCGGCGCGGAGCAAGCCGGACCAAGCAAGAAGGACAGGCAACGCGUCGAAUAUGCUGCUACAUGGCGUCUGCUCUCGCCUUCCUCGUCGCCUGCCGAGGCUCAGCGUGCGCUAGACGAUAUCCUCUCCUGUCUCCCCCUACUGAAGGGCAGCUCCGAGGACGCCGACCCGGCCACAUCGAGGGAUCUCUCCAAGCUUACAGGAAUGCCCCGCGAGCUGCUCGGAACGGCUCUCCGCGCAGCCAGCGAGGCGGGCAAAUCCGAGCUGGCUGCCGAGAUUGCCCGUUCGCUGAAGCGACACUGGAAGGCGAACCCUGGCCUCGCCCUUGCGUCCUCUGACGCGCUCGUUGAGGUGUCGGCUACCGAGUCCCUUCGUCCUCUUUUCGUCAUUACGGCCGUCGCGAUCCACUACCCCAUCCUCCUCGCUCUGGGCGAGAGGCUCGAUCUGGCGCUGAAGUCUGGCGAAGGACAAGCUGAGGACGCCGUCUCCUCUCUGGAGGCUGUUAGCAAGGUGGCCCACUCUCUGGCCCGGAAUAGGGCGUGGGGAUUUCAGACUGACUUGUUCGCGGAUGAGAAGGGCGAGAAGGUCAAGACGAAGCGUCCUCCGCCGAUGGCGGGCGGCGAGCUGCGGGACGCGCUCCUGGCGGCCGACAGGCGGAAACUCGAAAAGGUCAUUGGUGUCGAUGGAUCGACGCUGGACCAGGCGCUGAAGAGGCUGGGCAAGGCGCUGGGCAAGAAUGAGGAUGAGGUCGUCAUCCCCGACGGAGAGCGGAAUGAGCGUGGCGUGCGCGACUUGUAG